AUGGCAACCGUGAACAAAGCGACGGAACACACUGUUGGGCUGACUACUGUAACUCCGAUUCCACCACCAGAGACGGAAGAGACAGACUUCGCACCGCAGGACAAGAUUCCAGCAUGGAGAAAGUUCCUGGGACUCUUCUGGGACUCCUUCUCAGGACCACCACGGGAGAGACGAUAUAUUCGGACACUCGACACUUAUAUGUUCUCCUACAUGUGUCUGGCCUACUUCAUCAAGCAGCUGGAUCAGACCAACAUCAGCAAUGCCUUCGUUAGCGGCAUGCUGGAACAUCUAUCUCUCCAUGGGAAUGAACGCAAUUGGCUGAAUACAUACUUCAACAUUGGCAUCAUGCUGGGGACCUUGCCUGCUCAGAUGAUCCAGAUCCAACUUAUCCGUCCGAGCCUCUGGAUUCCUUGCUGCGAGAUUGUCUGGAGCGUUUUGGUGAUCGGAAUGGCUUUCGCACAGGAUGUAACGACAUUAUACACGCUGCGCUUCCUGGUUGGUUUCGCUGAAGCGUGUGUGUUUCCGAGCUUCUCCGCUCUGCUUGGGGGUUGGUAUGGCGCCAUGCAACUGAACAAGCGUAUGGCGUUGUUCGAGCAGACCAGCGCUAUUGGAGACAUGUUCAGCGGAUACCUUCAAGCUGCGCUGUAUACUGGUCUCGACGGACAUUCCGGAUUGCAAGGCUGGCAGUGGAUGUUCAUUGUAGAUGGUCUCAUUGGCAUUCCGAUUGCUCUCUGGGGCUUCUUUGCGAUCCCGGAUUUGCCGCACACUACCCGGGCUUUCUACUUGUCCCAAGAGGUCAGGAGCGAAUGUGUCAGCCGUGGAGCCUCGCUAAAGACCGGCAGGACAAACGAUAUGGCGUCGACCGAGCUGAAAGGCACGGCCAUUAUGAAUCGGAGAAGUUGUCGUUGAAGGGCGUCGUCCGAGUGUUCCUCAACUGGAGACUGUGGCUUUGGCUGCUGCCUUAUGUGUAAGACCACGGCGAUUGCAGUAAUUCCAAUCCAUGAUUCUGACUAUACUGUUAUUCGUAGCAUGGUCGGCCAAGCAAGUUCCGGACUGAAAUACUUCAACCUAUGGCUCAAAUCCGAAGGCUACAGCGUAGUAGAAAUCAACAUCAUCCCGACAGCUGGAAGUGCUUUGAGCAUUGUCUCAUCCCUUGCAGUGGGCAUCCUGGUGGACAACCUAGGCUGUCCCGCCACGACUAUCGUUGCGAUCCAAAUCCUAGUCAUGGCUGCCAAUAUGACCCUUUCCAUAUGGUAUGUGCCCAAAGCAGCGAUCAUGUCGGCGAACUACUUGCUGUAUGUCGGAUACGCCGCGCAGCCGAUCAACAUCGUAAGUCCACUCCUACGCCUUCCCGUCCGGAUUUCCUGCUGACUGCUUGCUGCUCAGGCUUGGGGCCAUCGUCUGACUGCUAGCGAUCCUCACCUCCGACAACUCCUUGUUGCUAGUGGGAAUGUGAUCUCAUACAGCUUCAACGCCUUCAUUCCCUGUGCGUGUAUAGCUCCUGACCCCUUCUUGCUAAUAAGCGAUAAACUCUCCUAACUCCGAGAUCCGCAGUGAGCCUCUUCCCGACCUACGACGCUCCGCACUACGAUUACGGAUAUCAGGUCAUGACCCUGUUCUCCGGCCUCGCGAUCCUCGGUACGAUCCUGAUGUACAGACUACAAGAUAGAUUCCCUCGAGGUUAG